AUGCCGGAACAGGGCAGCUCCCAGUCGCCGAAGGAAGAAAAAUUGAUCCUGGAGGUAGCCGACCAAGAGGCUGACACCAUUGUCACUGACUCCACUCCCGCAGAACGGACGGCGGGGCAGGCGCCGUCCAUCUGCCAUCCUCUGCAGCGAACAAUGAACAACACGAAGGUUUCAGUGCAGGCUGUGAAGGAACUCACCAAAUACACCCACCCGGUUGCAUAUCCGAGAAUUGGUUUCUCGGAGAGGAGACUGCCCUGCUUCCUGGGAAAUGGAAAAACUAUUAGUUUAUUUGCAGGCCCCGGGCCGGCGGCGGUGAGGCUGCCGUCGACUGUGGGCUACGAGGGCCAUGACCCCACCAAGUACCGCGCGCCCAACUACACGAUGCGACCCAAGCCGCCCUUGGUCGAUCGGCGAGUGAGGCCCGCGCCCAACCGCUACACCAUCGAGAAGUACUACACGCGCUUCGGCAAGGAUGGCACGCCCCAGUACACGGCCCGCUGGCCACUCGAGCCGCUCUCGAUGCCGAAGAGCCCGGGCCCAAUGGCGUACCGCGUGGAGGACGUCCCAGUGCUGAAGACAAACCGCGCGCCGCACUACAGCCUCAACGACCGCCACAAGCAGCGCAGCUUGACGCGGCCGCCGGCGCCCAAUGCCUACACACUGCCGGUAGUCAUCGGCGAGAAGGUCAUCUACAAGCCCAACGCCCCCUCCUAUUCCCUGUCGGGGUACCCACGCUUCUGGAUCUACCGGCCAUGGCCGGGCCCGGCCGACUACACCGUGGGCGAAGUCAAUCUAAUCAGGCCAAAGGCGCCCGCCUACACGAUGCCGGACAAGGUGUACCCGCCCCCUGGCGGGCCUGAAACCCCCGGUCCGGCCAAGUAUCUGCCGCCGCCCAUACGCUGCUGCCAAACCAACGACUUCGGCAUCUCUUUCGGAAUCAAGCACUCACCCUACCUCACACCGCUCAUCCUGCCCUGCGACAACUAG